AUGGAUCGAAAGGAACUUUUCGAGCAUGACGCACAUUGCGCCCGGAUGAUCACGAAUAGAUUGGCUGGGAAUGAUUUAGAGGAGUAUGUCACGGUCACAACGUAUGGACCUCUGGACCAGGAAGCCAAGGACAGAGCAGAAAAGUUCUUUGCGGAGCAGGCUGAGCGUCUACGGACAGGCAAUGGGGUUGUAGCCCCAAUUUUUGAUGGACAGAAUCGCUCGAGCUGUAGUGGCUAA